GCACUACAGACGGCACUAUGAUACAUUUUCAACCUAUCCGCCAAAACCAGCUGAGACGGGCUUGUGACAGAUGCCACAGAUCUAAAUCAAAAUGCCUGAGGGAUAACGACGAUGAACCGUGUCAGCGCUGUAGCCGCGCUAACGCUGAAUGUGUUUCUAGCCCUCCGGCAACAUCACGACGUCGAACUCAGAUUGCGUCUACUCAGGCUAGCGAUCAAGAAUUACCAAUUGAUGCCGAACCAUCUCAGAUGGAUAUCGACGUGUCUGAUUUAAACGCCGUGGUUAAUAAGCAGCAUCUCGCUAUAAACCCUUUAACCCUGCCAAAUUAUACCCCUGAAUCGUCGUCGUCGGCAGCCAUGAGGUGGGAUCCCGGCCGACUAGACUUGAGAGAGGGGUCAUCGACCACCGAGGAGUCUAAUCCGGAUCUUAUAUCUUUACUCGAAAGGUUAUCGAACCUCAAUAUUCGCUUAAUGCGCCACUUGAACGCGGUCCCGGAAGUCAAUACUAUUAGCAAUACUAUUAGUGCCCCGUCGCAACCAGGGGCCAAACAAUUUGAUAUAGAGGAGACUUUCCACAUAACGCAAUUAUUUAUAGACAUUAUAAAUCAUAUCUGUUCGAGAUUACCACCCCCUCAGAAUAUCACUACCGAGAAUACGAUCGGAAACAAGCUCCCCCCAUUUUCUUUAGACGCUUCCUCGGAACUACUCAUGUACUCGUGCUAUCUCCGCUUGAUCGAGACUUACGACAGGAUACUCCGACUCAUACAAGCCUCUAUCGAGCAUAAACCGCCUAACAACGCCGUCCAGUACCCUUUUAGAAUGCCAGACUUCACCGUAGGCUCGUUCUCCUUGUCCUCAAAGCCAGAGACGCAGUCGAUUUUUCUUAUCAACUCUAUGGAUGCAAUGAUGGCGCGGGCGAAGGUACUAGUUGCAGAGGCGACUUUCCCUAAGCAGACGCCUGGGUACAGAGGUGACUUCCAGUCAUUCGGUGGUACGUCCUUGGUUAUUGUGCCGGAUUUAGCACGGAACGCGAUUCGAACCAGGGAAAAUGCGUUGUUCGGUUUAUUUGAAGAUCUUAGGAAAUCUAUUGUGCAACCUAACUUAUGAUAUAAUAAUAUCAGGAUAAUUGUCAAUCAGGCACUUCAUUCCGAUAUUCAACCACAACUUAACAGCGACGGCAUCUCCUUAAAAUAUAUACACCCCCACCGAAUACAUUAUCAAUAUCCCCAUACCGAUAGGAGCACCACCC